CAAGUUCCCAAAAGCGAUUCCCACAUAAUUAUUGAAUCGCAGAAUUAUUCUUCACUUUAUUAGUUUGUUACCACUUCAUUUUUUAACUAUGUGAACGAAGCGCACCAGUCCUGACUCAAAAAAAUAAAAAUGAAAGGUGAAAUGACAACUGCUGACAAAAAAAUUUACGGAUUACAAAAUGACUUUUCUUUGAAUUGUGACGUCAUAAUGGUGAAAAAAAGUCUAAGAAAAGAUUGCAUUCCCAUCUUACUGAAGAUUUUUGAGUGGAAAUUAACUUGGGAGUGAAUUCUUAAUGGAGUCUUCCAAAGAUGCAAUGCAGCAAGUGAGCAUUAAAAAGGGGAAUGAUGAGGUAAAGCUUCAAAUAGAAGAUAUUGAUUGUAACACAAAGCAAAAAAAGCAUCGACGUAAACGUGGUAAAAAACACAAUAUACAACACUCUGAAACAUAUAGUGAACAUUUAAUGUUCAAAACUAAGAACAAAAUCCCUGGAACGUAUUUUUCUGAUGAGGUUGAUGGUUGUAUUAUAAAUCAGGUAAAACAAACAGUUGUUGGUAAUCAGACUUCAACAACCGAUCAAUCUUGUCAUGGACGUCAGUUUAGAGGAAAGAUCACAAGACCUCAUCGUCAUCAAAUCUUUCAUGACAAGGUUAAGAAGUGUAAUAAUAACAUGAAAUUGUCAAGUAAUGCAACUGCUGAAACAAAUGAACAAAGUGGAUAUGGCGCACCAAACAAUCCACAGCCUUGGGUAGAAUUGCAAAAUAGUGUGUCUGCGAGACAGAGAAUUGUAUCUAAGAAGCAUAUGUCUACUUAUUCUACUCCCUUACUAGGGAUGUUUUUGUCUCCCGAGGGUACUCCCUUUUCCAGGGAGUCUUUCUCCCUUAAUAGUUCUCCAUUAUCAAAGGAUUGUUUCUCACCCAAAAUUUUUCCAUUAUCCGAGGAUUCUUUGUCUCCUAAAGGUUCUUCUUCAUCUAGAGAGUCUUUGUCCCAUAAAACCUCUCCCUUGUUCAAAGAACCUGUGUCUCCUAAAGGUAGGAAAUCAUCAAAGAAAAAAACCCAGAACGUGAAGAAGCUAUUUGAAGAAUAUUGGAACAAAGAUGACUUAUCACAUGCAUUGAAGAGAGGCUUGAUCUUUCAGGGCAGUUUAAGAAUUAGUCCAAAGAAUUAUGAAAUGGCUUGGGUUACUGUAAAAGAAUAUAAAAGAGACGUUAUGAUUUUGGGUAUGCAACCCAGGAAUAGGGCACUUGAUGGAGAUAUAGUUGCCCUUCAAAUACUACCAAAAGAGAAUUGGAAAAUACUGCACCAAGAGAUGAAGUUUUAUAUGGAUAAUGAUGUGAGUGCUUCUUCAAAAAAUAAAUCUGUCGAGGAAAUGAAGAGCGGUGUAAAAACACAGCAAGAAUUUGAAGAUGCUGUAGAAAAGUUAAAAGGCAUUCAUCUCUCUUUGGAAAAAGAGAAUUGUGUUAAAACGUCAACAAUGAACUCUUUAAAGUUCCAUGAGACAAAAGUUUGCAUUGAUGAGACGGAAAAAUCUGGGAGCUUGCAUGUUAUACAGAAUGAAGAAAAUUCAGGUAAAAACUCGAAAAACGAAGACGGGAAAGGUCAAAGUUCAGGUAAAAACUCGAAAAACGAAGACGGGAAAGGUCAAAGUUCUGGUAAAAACUCUCUAAAGAUAACGACAAAGACGUUAAAAAAUGAAAAAGAAAUGGAUAUUACGAGUGUUCCUGAAGAAUAUAUUCAACGAACAGCUAAAGUUGUUUACAUUAUCGAGGUAAAACAUCCUAGGGUUGCUUGCGGCUAUUUAAGACCAAUGUCGGACCCGAAGGACCCGGAUGGUUUAUUUUCUCCAACAGACUGUCGGCUACCUCGACUACGUAUAGCCCGUGAUGAUUGUCCAGCUGGGUUUUUCGAUCGUCCACAAGAUUUUGCUUCAACCUUAAUGAUUGCUCGCUUGACUGAUUGGAAACGUGAAGCGCCACGUGACUCAUUUUUUGCGAAAGGAGUUUUUGCAAGAAGUCUUGGAGAGGCAGGAGAAAUCGAGCCUGAAACAGAAAGUAUUUUAGCGAUCAAUGAAAUCGAUACAAGUCCUUUUACUCAAGAUGUGCUUGAUUGCCUGCCAAAACAACUGCCUUGGAAGAUCCCACUUGAAGAGCUGGAGGCACGCCGAGAUUUUCGUGAAUACUGUGUCUUUACAAUUGAUCCAUCCAGUGCUCGUGACCUCGACGACGCUCUUCAUUGUAUUCAGCUUGACGAUGGGUUUUUCGAAAUAGGUGUUCAUAUUGCUGAUGUUAGUUAUUUUGUCAAGAACGAUACAGCACUUGAUAAAGUUGCGUGCUUAAGAGCAACUUCAACGUAUAUGGUGCAGAAGGUCAUUCCAAUGCUUCCUAGAUUAUUGUGUGAAGAACUUUGCAGUCUAAAUCCAUGCGAAGAUCGUCUAACAUUCUCUGUUGUUUGGAAGGUUGAUAAGAAUGGGACAAUUUAUGAUGAGUGGAUUGGCAAAGGGAUUAUCCUGUCUCGGGCAAAGUUAUCGUAUGAGCAUGCGCAAGAUAUGAUAGAUAAACCUGAGAAAGUUUGGAAAGAAGAAGAACAUCCAUUGUUAGCCAAUGGUGCUUCUGUAGAUGAAAUCGCCAACUCCGUUCGUAAUUUAAACAAGAUUGCGCUCAAAUUGCGUCAUAAGCGUUUCGAAAAUGGAACACUUCGACUUGACAAGGCUAAAGUAUUUUUCAAUCUGGAUCGUGAAACUGGGCUUCCUAUUGGUUGGCAUGAGUACAUACAACGCGAGAGCAACAAGUUGAUUGAGGAAUAUAUGUUGUUGGCAAACAUGGCCGUAGCUCGUCGCAUUUAUUUGGCAUUUCCACAUAAAUCUUUGUUGCGUUGCCAUCCAAAACCUGACUCAAGGCAACUGGAAGAAAUCUGCGCUCUAUGUAAGCCUUUGGGAGUAGAUUUUGGUCAUGAAUCGUCCAAAGGCAUUCAAGAUACCUUAAACACAUUUACUCCUAAUACUCCUGAGUAUCUGGUCCUGUCACAUCUUUGUAUGAAACCUAUGAAACCCGCGAAAUAUUUUUCUUCGGCAACAGCUGAAGGAGAUCCAGAAGAGUUCAAACAUUAUGCUCUCAGUGUUCCGCUGUAUACACAUUUCACCUCACCAAUUCGUAGAUAUCCUGAUAUUAUUGUACAUCGAUUGCUUGCGGCUAGUUUGGGAGUGAAAGAUGCUCCUGAGUUCGUGUCUGAAGAUCUUCAAGUAAUAGCAGAUCACUGUAACGAUAGAAAACUCGCUGCUAAGAAAGCAAGCGAGGCAAGCAUUGAUCUAUACCUUGGUGCGUUUGUUAGAGAUUGUGGUCCACUUACCGAAGACGGUAUUGUUGUUAGUGUGAUGCACGAGUCACUGGAUGUGUUGGUACCUCAUUUUGCAAUCAUCAAACGUGUUUACUUUAAAUUUUCCGACGAGGUGAAGUCGUUUCGGUUUCAGGAAGGGCACAAAGACCGCCCUGCAAAAGUUGUGGUAACUUGGAAAGGUCCAUAUGAUGAACGAAAAACCGAUGACUUACAAGAAAAGCGCCAUGCAGAUAAGAAGAUUGGUGGACAUGAAGAUGUUCAUCCAACGAGUACGGCUUCCUUAAAAAUAUUUUCGCCUGUGAAAAUUCUUUUGAAAACCGAAGGAGACAACUCUAAAAAUAAAAGUGGACUCAAGUUCUCUGGAGAACUUUUGCCGAAUUUAUUAAUAUAGCAGAGUUGCAAUUUGGCUUUCCAUCCUGGACUUUGUAAAUUUUUUUGCACGUAAAAAUAUUGCAACAUUGACUAAGUGAUUUUGUUGUGCAUCAGGGCGUGGGAGAGUAUCUAAGUUAAUGUUUCUUAAGUGGAAUUGGAGUACAAUUUCGAAGAAAAACGUGUUCCAGACCAUAUAUAGUUUUUAUGAAAGAAUUAGCUACAAUUAUUUCUCUGUUGUUUAAAAAAAAAGAUGAUCUUCAAAAUCGUUGUUAUUAAAUUUUCUCAAUCAAAAA